AAGAUGGCGGCGCCCGUAAUUGAAACAUGCCACAUAGCUUGUUGUGCAAACAGGACUCCAAAUGUUGUUUCUUGGGGUCGUGGAGGGACUAUUGCUUUUGGGACAUGUACCUCGGUAGCUCUCUACGACCCACAGGAGAGAAGAGUGGUGGCUGUGCUGAAUGGACACACAGGGAGAGUGAACACAGUGCAGUGGAUUCACAGAGAGGACUGUGCUCCAGAGAGUCAUCUUGUCUCUGGAGGCUCAGAUAAUCGGCUCAUUGUCUGGGAGGUUCAAAAUGGGAAGUUCAUCCAGUCGUUGGAGUGUAAGGGCCACACGGGUGCAGUGUGUGCUGUGGACGCCAUCUAUCUGGAGGAUUCAAAGAUCCUGGUGGCCUCCUCAGCAUCCGACUCCACUGUCAGACUGUGGCUCUGUGAUGGAGCCAAAGAAGGUAUGUUCAAAGCCACAUUCCGGCACAACAGCAGCUGUGUGGAGCUCAGAGAGACGAGGUGGAGGGGAGCGAGAGGAAAGCAGGAGAGGGAGAGAAUGUGA